GCAAACAUCUAUACUAUAUAUAAUCAGGUUUUGUCACAAAUAUUAUCCGCCGUUUUGUUGGACAUCAUAUCAAAUGACACUCAAUAUAAUCGCUAAUACAUUAAAACAAUUAUUAUUUAAAAUAAUAUUGUUUUAGUUGUUUAUAUCAUUUGAUACAAACUAUAAUUGUUUUUCUGAGUUUGACUACCGAUUAUCGGUUAAUAACUCAGUGGACAUGACAUUGACGGCCCAAUAUCGGCCCUAUCGGGACGAUGUUGAUGGUCUGGACGGAGUGGACAACUCGGACCUUUCGUGGCCGGACAACGAGAUCGGAACCAUUCAGAUAUACGAGAAGACAACUGAAGAUAUUCCGUUUGUUUCCAAUCGACGACUUUUAUGCGGUGUUGUAAUGCUAUCAGUAUUGACAUUAUUGACCGGAUUUUUGAUCGGUUAUUUCGCGCACUCGACUCACUCGGAAUGUGUCCCCAAUUUGGCGAUGUCAUUACAUGCGGUCCGCGACGAAAAUCCUACCAUUAGGUCAAAGAUAUUACAAAGAGUUAAUGCAAAGUCCAUCCGAAGUGUGAUUAAAGAGUUUUCCCGCGAAUCACGUUUAGCCGCGUCUGACAAUGAUCUCAGAAUUGCCAUUCAAGUUAAAAACUUCUUGAAAGCCCAUCAUUUCGAUAAAACUGAACUCAAAAAUUAUUCAGUAUUGUUGUCAAUACCCGAAUCAAAUGAAUCAAACUUUAUUGAAAUUAUUGAUCAAAACCAAAAUAAAUCCAUAUAUUCUUCACUAAACGCUGACAAUAAAGACAGUGAUUCUUUAGGAGCCUUCUGUGCCUAUUCUCCAAACAUUGAUAUUAAGAGUUCUGUUAUAUUUGUAAACUAUGGCCGUCUCGUUGAUUACCAAAUAUUACAAAACGCCUAUAAUAUAACUCGCGAUACUAUCGCCGGAAACAUAUUAAUUGCCAAACAAUUUCAUCUGACAGCUGAUGAACAGAUGGCAUACGCUCAGCAAAUGGGUGCCGCAGCUCUUCUAUUAUAUCCCGAUCCGGAAAACUAUAAUCCUCCAAAAUUAAAAGCUAAACCUUAUCCAGAAUCUCCAUAUAUGCCACCCGAUGCUAUAAGACUCGACUCAUUACUCUGGAAUGGUUUAGGAGAUCCACAAACACCAGGAUACGCGGCCACACCAUAUGCACACCGUUUGCCAUUAUCGUCAAUUAAUUUACCCAGUAUUGCUGUUCAACCGAUAAGUUAUACGACAGCUCUUGAAAUACUCAGUCGUUUGGAUGGGAAAAAAGCUCCCAAUGAUUGGAAUAUUGGCUCAAAUGUUAGUUACUAUUUAGGUCCCGGUUUCCGAAAUGACGGCUCUUCUAAUUUUACUCUACACUUAAAAGUGGCCAAUAGUUUAGUUAAUAAAACAAUAUAUAAUGUCAUCGGAUCUAUUAGAGGCAGAGUAGAACCCGAUCGAUACGUCAUAAUUGGUAAUCAUAGAGAUGCCUGGUUUAAAGGUGCUAUUGAUUCGGCCGCAGGAACGGCAGCUUUUCUAGAAUUAUCCCGUAUUUUUGGUGAUUUACUUGUUGAAGGAUGGCGUCCGCGUCGAUCGAUUUUAUUUUGCAGUUGGGGUGCAGAAGAAUUCAAUUUGAUUGGAUCCACUGAAUGGAUUGAGGAAAAUCAAAAAAUAUUGAACAGUAGAGCCGUUGCCUAUAUUAACUCAGACAUCAUAGUGAUUGGUAACGGAAGUCUAAGUGUGGCCGCCUCACCACUUCUAUAUCACGCCAUAUUUAACGCCACCAAAGAAGUGAUUAAUCCAAAUGAAGAAGACGAAGCCAAAACUGUAUACGACAAGUGGCUAAUUAGCUAUCCAUUGAUGAGAAACACAUCGGGUAUGAUAUCUCCUAAACAAAGUGCUUUUGAUGCAGACAUCGAUCUAAUUAGUGACUUAAGUAAUGCAAACAAGCAUUUAAAAGAAGAGCCCAACGAAUCCGGUUAUCUUUUAAGAACUUAUUUAGAGUCAGCAGUACUUCAGAUCAGACCAAAAGUACGCCAAUUGGAUAUGAGAUCUUCUUACGCGCCAUUCUUCAUAAUGUCUGGAAUUCCGGCACUGGAUAUCACUUAUACGAGUUCUAAUGAUUUCAGAGGAGAAUCUUAUAAUCAAAUAAAUUCAAUGAGUUAUCCAUUAUUACACACAAAAUACGAUACUUUUGAUUUGAUUGAAAAGUUUAUCGAUCCUGACUUCAGAUAUCAUAAAGCAGUUACUCAAGUAUUGGGAGAAAUACUUAGAGAUUUGGCGGACUCACUGUUCAUACCAUUCAAUCUUCUGGAUUACGCACAGGUUCUCAAAGAUCUUUACAUUACAUUAUACAUACACACGGAAACCAUACUAACUAAUAAUGGCAUUAAUAUUGAAUUAUUGGAUUUAGCCAUUAAAAACUUUACGAAAGCCGCCGUCAAGUUUCACUCAAAACAAGACAAAUUGGAUUUCAAAGAUCCAAUGGCUAUCCGACGGAUUAAUGAUCAGUUGAUGUUAAUUGAGCGCACAUUCUUAGACACAAAUGGUUUACCGCGAAAUAUGAUGAAACGUCAUAUUGUGCUCUCACCGGGAGAAGUGGACCCACCAUACGAUGAAAUGUUUCCCGGACUUAUGGACGAGUUUGCAGUACUAUUACAGCAUCCAGGCACCGGUGUUAAAACUCAAUGGAGUUGGGAUGUGAUUAGAGCACACUUUUCAAUACUAGUGGCCACUAUAGAUAACGCAUCAAAUGCUAUAAGCGAUGUUAUCUGAAAAAUGGGAUAACAAUCAUAAUAUCUAAUUUCAUAUUAUACACAAAAAUUGAUUUAGAUUUUUGCGAGACUAGACAUCAUUAUUACGAUUAAUGUCAUAUAAUUUUACUUAUUAAUCAUAUUUCGAGCCAAUCAUCACAUGAUAUGAAUUAGAAAUUUUUGAACAUUAUUAUCGAUACUUAUAUAUAGAUAGAAAGGCAACUAAAAGUUCAAAUCAUUUAAUACUGACUUAACAUUUAUUAAUGUGUUUUAAAAAAACAUUUGUUUGAUUACUUGAUAUGUGAUUUUAUUUGGGAUCUGUUUUGCAAUUUAUUUAUUAUAUUUUAAGACAUUAUUGCACUCACCGGUUACUUCAAUUUUUAUUGGUUUUUAUUGUAAUUUUUAUAAUUUUAGGGAUCAUAGCUCUAAAUGAUAUGUCUUAUACCAUAAUAGGAAAGAAUCAACUUUUAAAAAUGUUAACAAUUAUAACAUUUGAUUAUUACAGUAAAUGUUGUCAUCAAAUAGAAACUGGCAAUUGUCAAUCAUGUUAUCAUUAUUUAUAAAAAUUAGUAUUUUAUUA